AUGAGCUUUGCCAAUGUGAAGUUAACUCCAACAUAUAAUCUUCCACAAGAACAACACCCACAACAACCGCAGCAGCAACAAAUCAAAACAGAGCGUACUGUCGGAGAAAUUCCAGUUUGGUCAGAUGCAGAGAACAAUAUUUUAGAGAAUUCCCCCUUUUUGGAAAAUCCACAGAUGGUAUAUAAAUUGCAGUCAUCUUUACCAUUAAAGAGCGCGCAACAGAUCAUGACCCGGAUUAAAUGGGUCAACUCUGGAAAGCAGAAGCCAUGGGAAGAGUUCUGUGUGACUUGUCAAUUCCAACCCUUCCAGCUUCCUUCAACUCAGAAACCUUACGUUCAAGUCUACAAACCACAAACGGCAUACGAGCCCAAGCCUAAUGCCCAGGUUUCGCAGGCCCAAAUUCCUCCGAAUCAGACUGUUGUUACACAAAAUUUUUCCGCCCCUAUCAAUCCCAUCGUUCCACCAAUGCGCUUUUCCUCAUUACUUCCGACGAAACCCGUUCCGCCACCACAAUCACAACCUCUCAUUUCCAAAAAAGUAAUUCCUCAACCUGUCAAGAUUGAAGAUGACAAAAAGAUGCCGAAGCCCUUGAAAAUCGAGAAAGAAGAAAAGCCCAAAAAAGCCGCACCGAGUCGCAAACGCAAAACGAAAGAGAAAGAAUUAGAAAAAGUGACCACCCAGCCCGUCCCGUCACAGGGUGACAUGGAGGAGCAAAUUAAUAGACUUUUAACUAAUAAUGAGACGAUCCUUCAGAACAUCGAGAUUUUCUUUCAAAGUCAACAGUCGUUCACGUUGGACAAACAGCAAGUCCUCGCGUUCUCCACUAAUAUCAAAAACUUAUUAGGCCUGACUGACUACCUCGCUCGACCCGCUCGAUUACCUUUUUUGUCACUUCUAUUGGAUUUACCUCCUGACGUCUCAGAUAUUCAACAAUUCAUACCUGAGAGUCAAAACGUCCAAUCACAAACACAAUCUCAAGGUGUACAGUCACAGGGACAGUACUGA